CACUCUCUCCCUCUGUCUAUUACUCUCUCUGCACCCUCUCUCUUUCUCUCUCUCACACAAAUACACGCACACACAAAACACAGAUUUCAUAGUCAUCAAGAUAUGUAUAUAAUUAUACAUAUAUAUAUCAUAUGAUGAUGGACACAAAAUCCUUCCGUUUUCAAAGAAUGAUCAUGUUUUGACUUGGUUUAGCUUGUCCUUUUUUGGUUCCAAACUAAGCUAAAGCUGAACUUGACUGGAAAAACAGCUGAAGAAGGAAGAAAACCAUGCAUAGAAGGGUAUUUAUUAGUUUUCUUAAAUUCAUGAAUCUGGCUGUUCUUAUAAUUUGCUCAGUAUUAUCCGAGAGGGCGUUGGGGGCGAAAAAAUUGCACAAUUCAAUCUCAAUUUCUACAAGACAAAUGGACAUUACAACUCCACUAACAACAGUUCCAACGGCCAACCCCUCUACUCCCAACACCACCAGUCCAGUGCUAAAUCCAACAGUUUCCGGCCCUGACUCGCCUAGCGUAAUGAAUCCUGCCAAUCCCGUAACGACACCAGCCACCACGACAACCACCCCGGCAGGUGGCAGUUGGUGUGUUGCCAGCCAAUCUGUGUCACAAACAGCAUUACAAAUUGCACUAGACUAUGCUUGUGGCUACGGUGGCGCUGAUUGUUCAGCAAUUCAGCCCGGUGGCAGCUGCUAUAAUCCAAUCACUGUUCGUGAUCAUGCCUCGUACGCUUUUAAUAGCUACUAUCAGAAGAAUCCAAUUCCCACUAGCUGCAAUUUUGGUGGUGCUGCUGUAACCACGAGCACUGACCCAAGUUACAAUACGUGUCAAUAUCCAUCAACUUGCACGAGUUCAUCGGUAUUGAAUACGACCAAUUCAAGUGGAUCACGAGUUUUUGGUGCUGGACCGAUCAUCCCGUCUAGCUCAGCACCGGCCAUUCCAAGAAAUUUCCCUGAUUUUCACCAUAUCUUGGUAUCCAUAAUUCAUUUUCUGGUUCUGAAUCAGAUGCAAGGACACAAUUAGGUUGAUCCAACGGCGCUUCACGACAAAAAAAGAAGAAUAUCUGAUGGGAAGAAGCCUGCAAUUCGAAUUGAGGACGGAUUUCUAAUUUGGUCACAAGAACAUAGAAAAUUCACAUUUGUUUAGCAGGCAAGUGCCAUACCUAGAGGACUUGAUGUCAAAUUGGUGUUAUUUUUAAUCACUUGCCAAAGUGACAUCUUUAUGGUGAAAAUCACACAAAAAAAUAUGUACAGAGGAAUAACUUCGAGGUGGGUUUUUGUAGUGCUUGCUCUUACUUUUGUAACAUUUUUUUUUUUUUUUUUUGGUAUUUUUGUUUUGGUUUUGUGUAAGAUGAAUAUGAGAAUCUUGAUUGGGAACAGUGUAAAAAAGGAAGUGUUCAAUGGAUGAACUUUAGAAGGGUCCCCAGGCCUUUAAAUUUUCUCA